AGAGUGAGCAGUAGAUGAACACCAUCUCCAAAAGGCUUGUAGUGUGUUUUUGUCCACCCUCAUCCUCCCAUGUGUUAAACCCAGCUCCAGGUCAGGAGACAAGUUCACCAUGUCCACUGGGUCUCAAAGCGACAUCGACGACGAGCUCCUGGACGGCAUCCUGAAGUUCGGCUCCAACGAGGAGAGCACCGAGGAGAGCUCCUCCAACUGCGAGGGCACAAACGACGCACCAAGCAAGAAACGGAAGACCCGGAAAAGUGCAUCCAAAGGUGGGGCUGUGCAGCAGGAGGGUAAACCUGUGCAGAGGAACGCAGCCAACGCCAGAGAGAGAGCCAGGAUGAGAGUCCUGUCCAAAGCUUUCUCCCGGCUGAAGACCACCUUACCCUGGGUACCUGCGGACACCAAGCUCUCCAAACUGGACACGCUGCGUCUGGCGUCCAGCUACAUCGCGCACCUGAGGCAGAUACUGGCCAACGACAAAUAUGAAAACGGAUUUAUCCAUCCUGUCAACCUGACGUGGCCUUUCAUGGUUGCAGGUAAACCGGAGAACGAGUUGAAGGAGAUGCUGAACACAACGAGGUUAUGUGGAACAACUGCGUCUUGACGAAACCAAGCAGGACACCUCAAAAAAGGGACAAUGAUUUGACAAGACAAAACUGUGACUUGUGACAUGCGCGUCUCAUCUCUGCAGACUUUUGAGUGGGAAUAACGGAGAGAGUCUCUCCUUCGUUCCUGUAAAGACGAUUUUAUUUAAUGCAUCCUGCCACAUAUCGUUGUCUUUGCUGGUUCAAAGAUAAACUGCUUUAAAUUGCUUUUUUUUAUACUCUGCAGAUGCAUUUUUUUUUUUUACUGAUGCAGGCCUGUUUCAUGAUGGAUGGAUGUGCACAUGAAAAGUGUCCAAAUGGUUGUACAGAUUGUAUAUAAAAUAUAUUUGUAUCACUUUUACAACUUGUGUACUUUUUUAUUAUUAUUAUUCCGUUUAAUUCUGUUUUAUUCCCCUGUGUGUGUGGGCCGAUGCUUUGACCUUUAUAGUAACCUCUGUUAUCACUCCACUCCUUCAGAAUAGCAGAACCUGAGCACCAGAUAAGUCUCUCUCUGUUGUUUUUCUAAAAGAUAACAGUUGGACGUGGUUGUCAUUACAUAAACAAACCUUCAAAAGAUUAUUUGGGACCCUAAAAGCAGUUCUUGUAGUUUAAACAAGUCAAAUUAAGUUUAUCUCCCUGCCAAUUUCAUUGAUAAAUGCACCAAAAAUUACCAUUUAUGAUCAGCUAGUAUAAUUCCACUUCUAAAUGUCUUUAUUGUUAGGCCAUAAAUUAUGUAAAGCUUUUGCUUUAUUCACUGCCAACAACUUCACAUAUUUAUUUCUGAAACAAUAUCACAAUAAAAAUGAGUGACAAAUAUGA